AUGAUUCCACCAGCAAAACCCACAGGGCUGCAAAGGAUCAUAGUAAUCACUAUUGGGCUUGUCGUUGGGUCUGCGAUCGGGGUGUACCAACUACGAGACUACGAGCUGGUCAAAUAUGAGCCGCCUGCGAAGGUUGAGUACAACGAGGACGGCACGCCGAAACCAAGGCCAUUGAAGUUGUCGUUUCAGACUACAUCACCCCUUCAAUUGAAGCCAGAGAUCAAGGAAAGGAAUGAUAGGCUGUUGAGGGAGAAGCAAGCUGAGAAGCAGGUUGAGAAGCAGGCUGACAAGCAGGACUAA